ACGCCCGAGACAUUCCAGUAGCGUUUAGGGAAGUGUGAGGUUCCGCGUUCGCGUUCUAAAUCAGAAAAACAAAAAUGUGACUCAUUCCCCUUAAUUCGCUGACGACACCCGGGGGCCGCCCUAUGUACAUAUUAUUUUCGGCAAAAUUAGAGGCUUAUCAUUUGUGGUAUAUCGUAGUUUAUAAAACGUUAAAAUACAGAUAACAAUAAAUUUUAUAUUUCGUACCGCGUCGCUUCGAGAAGUAUUAUUAUAUCUACACGUUUGUCGCGUUUAGUUAAACUGCAGCGUUGCGAUAGACUUUUUUUUCGUCAAAUAGUCGCUCAUAAAUUAACCGAAAAGUGGUAAUGGUAGCCCGUUCGAUCCGAGAGAGCCAUGUCUAAAACAAUCAAUGCGUAUAGAAUAAAAAAAAUUGAGACUCUGGGCAAGAUGACCGCCAUGACCCAGGAGGAGAUUGUCGCGGCUGUGCGUACGGUCGCCCAAGGUCUCGAGGCACUGCGCAGCGAACACGCCGGCCUGCUUCACGGCAUGCCCCCAGAGGCGCCCGAUGCGCAGGAACGUCAGGGACUCGUGCAGCAGAGCCAGGAGAUGAUUGAGCUCGGAUUAGGAGAGGCGCAGGUAAUCAUGCACCUGGCCUCGUAUCUACAGCUGAUAGAGGCCGAGAAACAGAAAUUGCGCACCCAAGUGCGCAGGCUGUGUCAGGAAAACGCGUGGCUGCGCGACGAACUCGCGUCCACGCAGCAGCGCUUACAGUCCAGCGAGCAGGCGGUAGUGCAACUCGAAGAGGAGAAACAACACCUGGAAUUCAUGAGCUCGGUAUGCAAGUACGAUCAGGACCAGGAAGACGGCCAAGGAGGCGAGAACCGGAACCAGGAAAAGUCCGACCCUGUCGUGGACUUGUUCCCCGAUGAUCAAGACGACGACAGAAACAAUAUGUCGCCUACACCCCAAAAUCAGUUGAACCUUUCCCAGCAAGUGAACGCGGGCUACGAGAUCCCGGCUAGGCUUCGCACCCUGCACAAUCUGGUCAUCCAGUACGCGUCGCAAGGUAGAUACGAGGUGGCGGUGCCCCUUUGUAAGCAGGCACUAGAAGAUUUGGAAAAGACAAGCGGCCACGAUCAUCCGGACGUCGCCACCAUGUUGAAUAUCCUGGCGUUGGUGUACAGAGAUCAGAACAAAUACAAGGAGGCGGCCAAUUUGUUGAACGACGCGCUCGCCAUACGCGAGAAGACCUUGGGCGAAAACCACCCCGCGGUGGCGGCCACGUUGAACAACCUGGCGGUUCUCUACGGCAAGCGCGGCAAGUACAAAGAGGCGGAGCCUUUGUGCAAACGCGCGUUGGACAUCAGGGAAAAAGUACUCGGCAGGGAACAUCCGGACGUGGCUAAGCAGCUAAACAAUUUGGCGCUGCUCUGUCAGAAUCAGGGCAAAUAUGAGGAGGUAGAGAAGUAUUACCAGCGCGCGUUGGAGAUAUAUGAGAAAAGGCUUGGGGCCGAUGACCCGAACGUAAGCAAAACGAUGAACAACCUCGCGUCGUGCUACCUGAAGCAAGGCAAGUACAAGGAGGCGGAGGUGCUCUACAAGCAGAUCCUCAAUAGGGCUCACGAGCGGGAGUUCGGCACGAUCGACGGCGACAACAAGCCUAUCUGGCAAGUGGCGGAAGAGCGAGAAGAGAACAAAGCGCGCAACCGCGAGAACGCCCCCUACGGAGAGUAUGGGGGGUGGCACAAGGCGGCAAAGGUGGACUCGCCGACGGUCACGACCACCCUGAAAAAUUUAGGCGCCCUCUAUCGGCGUCAGGGCAAAUACGAGGCCGCGGAAACACUGGAGGACUGCGCACUGAGGACGAGGAAGGAGCAGCAUGUGCCCCAACAGGCUUUGGACAUCGUAAAGCAUUCUAAAGUAGGCAACCUGUUGGUUGACGAGCGGCGCAAGGGCGCCAACACGAAAGAUAAGAACUCUCGGAGGGGCUCGAGGGAAUCGCUUGAGAUGACUUACGAGGGGGACGAGAGCAAUCCAGCGAGAACGCCGGAUAUCGAAAAAAGCGGCCUGAAAACCAAGCUAUUUAACGCCCUAGGAAUAAAUUCGCCGAUAGGCAAACCCAGCUCGUAGACAUGAAUGAAACGGGACGAUUUUUUCAUUUAUCCAAAAUAAAAAUCGUUGGUUCGAUGCGCCGUCUCCUCGUAAUGAAAUUUGUGAUAUGUACCACUGUCUCUCCGCUUCCGCGAAUCUGCGGUUCGAUUAUUUCGACAGACGCCGGAUCAAAUGAAGUUCUAAGUAACAUUCCUUCGGUUUCUGGGAAAAGUUAUUGGUCGAGUUUUCGUCAGCGCCAUUUGCCGUUUACUAGUAAGGUUUGAGGUUAGGUUCGUUACGUCCGCGACCAGUGAUCAUAGAAUAAACACCACUGCUAUCCAGUGUAGCUUAAGGUUAAAUAAAGAACGACAACCUCAUACCUAUUCCAAUACUUAUCACUAUCUUUACUGGACUUCGUUCUUUGUUUAAUCUUACGCUUUUGUGUAUGUUGCUAACGUCAAAAAAAAAAAACUAUAAUGUUCACGAAUAAAAUAUUUUAACAUAUUUUGAUCAUUUUUAAAUCUCAACAAAAAUAAAUUAAAAUUUAUUUAAAAUAUCUAGCUCAAACGUUACGUUAUAAGCAAUAUUAGAAGGCGCACUUUGCCGUUUCUGCAUGGUGUUUAUUGUUCACAGGGCGCAGUGUAUUAAUCAGGGCCAGUCAACCGACGCGUUAAAAGGUUGACGCGUCCGACCCGCGGGUGAACUUGACUCCCAAUUUUUUUUUUAAAUAAUUUGAAAAUAAUUUUAAAUUUAUAUUCUCAAAUGUUUUUGGUUUUAACGGGCCUGGUAAAGAGAUGAUUAUAAUUGAUAUUUCAAUUCGGAAGCGAAGUUCACCGACUGGCUAGACGCUCGACAUUUUGAUGUUUUCCAUAAAAAAAAAUCUGUGUCGUAUUUGAAAGAAAAACGGCGUGUUUCGAUUUUUGUGGUAAGAGGAACGAACAGCAUAUUUUGUUUAUUAUUUAUUUAUUUUUUUUUAAUCUAAUAUACAUCUCAUGUCUUAAUUUUUUAUGGUAUUAGAAAGUUUUUACUUUUGUGUUGGUGGAAUAUUAUUGUUUAUGUUUUUUUUUAUUUAGUUUCGCAGAGGUUCUUUCUCGUUUGGCGCUUAUUACGUAAUACAUAGUGAUAUUUCAUCGGGCGUCGCGAGGUUGUGAACAUUUCCGGGUCAAUUACACACACAUCAGUAUUUGUCAAGCAAAACCGAGGAUAUUAGGUUAUACUAAUUAGAGCUUUCGCUGUACUAAAAGUUUUAAAAUGUUGCGUGUAUUUCGCGGACACUUAUCGUCCAGUUUAACUAACCCGACCAAUAUCGGGCGGCUGUAAAUUAGAGCACACGUAGCAAAAAUGAACAGAAAAGAACGCUUUCAGCUACAGCCGUUUAGUCCCAGUGCAAUUUCUCGACAGUGUUUCCGCAAAUGCAGGGUUAUUCGCCCCAAUCGAAGUUUGUUAGGACCUGAGACUCAAAUGUCAAUUUUCUCAUUUUUAACAUAUCAACCCAGUGACGUCACCUUAAAGAUCUUAUCUUACGGUACUUUAAAAAAACUUUUCCCUGAGUUUUAUUAAAAAUUAAUUAUAGCAGGAUUGAAAGCGCGACUAUAUACUAAACUAACCGUUUUCAUGCAUUGUUCGUAUAUCUUAUUAAUACAGGGGUAAAUAACCCUGUAUAUUAGGACAUAAAUUAAGAUAAAAUAAUUGUGCGAUAUAUACCUAAGUCAAAGGUUUUAUAAAGGGUGCAAUAUCGGUAAGGUGGCAAAUGACCUUCAUAAAAGGGUCGUACGAUGACGUAGAUGAUCCGAUAAAAAGGGAUUAAGUCUAAUUAAUAGACAGUUAAAGUAAAUUCUAGUAUAUUGCCGCAUCCGCAAGUAGAUUGAAAUUCAAAUUCGCCCUUAAAGCUUAUAGCAAUAAAUAUGACUUAACACAUAACCUUAAAAUAUUUGUUUUUCAACUGUUUGACAUCGAAUCUGAUUGUUUCCAAAUACUGGAAAAUGCAAAAUUAUUGGCGAAGGUAUGAUAGGAAUACGUGUUAACAAAUGUACUCACUUUAACUGCCUAAUAUUUGGAUAACCAAAACCUUCGCAUCGCAUGUACGCAAUUUUUUUACCUUGUUUUUAAAAUUCAAAAAUUUGCCAAACUAUUCAAAAAUUGACAUUUUUGUUCGAGAGGCAUCGAGUGUGCACUUAUUAUAUUAUUAGAAAGGCGUUUAUCUUUCCAAUUUGGAAUAGAUUUUGAGCGUGGACCAGAUAAACAGUUGACGCAUAGAGGAAAAACGGUCAGAUAAUAAAUUUUCAGUGCGAUAAGCAUUUUAAUUUAAUACACGUGGGUACUUAAACCAAAAACCUUUUUUUAGCCCCGACUCUGUCUGAAUAUUCUAAGUUGUUUAUAUAAUAGGUGCUUUCUAUAAAAUAUAUCUAUAUACUACAAAUUGUCGUAGUUGUUUAUAUUAAAACGAAUAAAAAUAAAUAUUUUAUUGAGUUUAAA